UGCCUGGUCGCCUACUCCCACGUGUUCCCCGUCCUCCUGAGCCUCGCCGUCGUCACCAACGUCCUGAACGCCGUCGUGCUCCUCAGCCCACACCCGGGCAGCCGCUUCCAGCCCACGCCUAUCCGCAAAUACCUCUUGUGGAUAACCCUGUCCCACUGUGUUAUCUGCGCCACUGUCCUGCUGGGCAUAUGGGUGAGGGAUAGAGUCGGCCUCCCCUACUCGUGGGCCUUCUACUUCGCCCACUUCGAGCAGCCGCUCUACGACGUGUUUAACUGCAGUUACGCCUGGAUCAUCGUGGGGCUGUCCCGGGACCGCCACCAGGCCGUGUGCCGCCCGCACCAGUACACCGUCGCCGCCUCCCACGAGCGCGCCGCCUGGAGGAUUGCGCUGGCCUACGCGUUCUCGGUGGUGGUCUAUGCACCCCACUGCUUCGCUCAAGAACCCGUGUUCAGCGCCGAGCACGCGGGUUGGCACGUCACCGGGGCCGAUCUAUUUUACAGCAGAGGAUGGACGGCGUGGGCGGUGCUAUCCCAGGCUCUCCACCGCCUCGUGCCCGCAGCCAUCCUGGUGGGACUUAACACCAAGAUCCUGGUGGCGGUGUCGCGCCUCGGGAACUCCAGCGUCAGGCCCGGGGGACGCCCUGGCAGCUCCCCCAGCCGUAGGAGAGAAAAACAGAUCACCAACCUCCUGCUGGCUCUGACACUGAGCUUCCUGGUGACCAAUGUCCCCGCGGCGGCCAUCAAACUCGUCUACAUCGCCAUGGGGCAGCAUUGCCAGAUCCACGCGGGGAUGGAGAUCGCGCGCAGCAUCGCCAACUGCCUGGAGAUGGCGGGCUACAGCGCGGACUUCCUGCUGUACUUCCUCAUGAACCCCGAGUAUCGGAGGGACCUUCACGGCCUCCUGUCGAAGCUGUGGAACUUCUUCGGGGUUUCGAAGACCUGCCCUCUGCCGGAGGUCACAGAAGAACAGGCGACCAUCUCCCAGUAAUUGACCUGCAGGAGCUCUGGCUGUACCUGACUUUUGCGAGUGACAAACUUCACUCUGUACAUAAGCAAAAAAGUCAGAAAAGAGUUCCUUCUUGAUUUAGCACGUGUACAAACUGUAAAAAAGAUAAGCCAUUAAAACCAAACUCGGAUAAACAACACUGAGCAAGCAUAUUGGAGCAGAAAAGUCGAAGUGUAAUAUUUUCAUAAUUCAGCUAUACUUACAAAUGUUUUUUUAGUAUACAAAAUAUACCUAUUGACCUUACAACCGAUCGAUUUGAUUUACUAACACUAAUACAGAAGAAGUUUCCUUACAAUAGAAUGUAUAGCCAGA